GAAGGCACCAAUCAAUUGAACCAGUGCAGUGUGGCGCACAGAGCAGAGGCGACGCAGCUCCACGCACUCGCAGCAACAAGGUCCUACGGAGCGACACUUGGAGUGGAGGGCGCGUAUCUCUCUCCAGAAACUUUGCACGCGAGCGACUUGUUCUCUGUUUGAAGAUGUUCAGCCAAGAUGCUUUAUACUUAGAUCGCUCCUGUCUUCGCGAGCCCGCUUCCUCAUAGAGCUCACAUAACUUUUCUCCUCCUUCGUUCCGUACCGACGGAGACCUAUAACUCGAACUUGCAUCUGGUGAGAAGUAUGUGCGAGAGGCGAUCGGCGACGGGCACGGACUCUCUUCGGUCCCCCAAGUGGGAGCAGCGUGGAUUAAACACGAAUUAAUGUGGAAUUUAGCGGAGCCCAAAGGUGGAACGACGACCAGACACAGCGCUUCCUCGUCAGGGACUGACUGAUCAUGGUCGCCGUGGUCCGCUCUCUCAUGGUACUGCUGAUCGCUCAGGUGUUGCUGGAAGGUGCUACGGGACUUAUCCCCGAGGUCGGCCGGAGGAAAUACAGCGAGUCCGGGAAGCAGAGCCCCGAGCGGACGGAGAGCUUCCUCAACGAGUUCGAGCUGCGGCUUCUCAACAUGUUUGGACUGAGACGCAGGCCGACGCCGAGCAAGCAAGCGGUGGUGCCGCAGUACAUGGUGGACCUUUACCGCAUGCACUCAGCGAACGGAGACCACAGCACUAAACGGCCCAAGAGCAUGGGGAAGCACGCAGAUAGAGCCGCCAGCAAGGCCAACACGAUUAGAAGCUUUCACCAUGAAGAGUCUAUGGAGGCCCUGGCCAGCCUGAAAGGCAAAACAACCCAGCAGUUCUACUUCAACCUCACUUCUAUCCCUGAUGAGGAGCUCAUCACUUCUGCGGAGCUACGCAUCUACAGGGAUCAGGUCAUGGGAGCAGCAGCCCCAAACAUCAGCUCCAGAAACAGCACUACUAGCGAUAAAGUUCCUGCUGGUGGCUCCCAUCGAAUCAACAUUUAUGAGAUAUUCAGAGUUCCUGCCACUCAUGGCAGGGAACCUCUAGCACGUCUGCUGGACACUCGGCUAGUGCAGGACUCUUUAAGCCGCUGGGAGAGCUUUGAUGUCAGCCCCGCUGUAUCUCAGUGGACCUCCGGCAAAGGCCACAACCAUGGCUUCAUGGUGGAGGUACAUCACCCAGAGCAAGGGGCGAUGGAUGGGGAGCAUGCUAAGAAGCGUAGUAAGCAUGUCAGGGUGAGCCGGUCCCUGCACCAGGACCAGGACUCUUGGCCACAGGCUCGGCCCUUGCUGGUGACGUAUGGCCACGACGGCCGCGGGGACUCAGUGCUCCACACACGAGAAAAACGUCAAGCAGCCCUCCGCAAACAACGCAGAAAGCAACAGCACAAGGCAAGCUGCAAGAGGCAUGCCCUGUAUGUGGACUUCAGUGAUGUUGGCUGGAAUGAGUGGAUAGUGGCCCCCCCUGGGUACCACGCCUUCUAUUGCCAAGGGGAAUGUCCAUUCCCCCUUGCAGACCACCUCAAUUCUACCAAUCAUGCCAUUGUGCAGACGCUGGUCAACUCAGUCAACUCAAACAUCCCCAGAGCCUGUUGUGUGCCCACUGACCUCAGCCCCAUCUCCCUGCUCUACCUGGAUGAAUAUGAGAAGGUCAUCCUGAAAAACUACCAGGACAUGGUUGUGGAGGGAUGUGGCUGCCGGUGAGCAACGGACAGUGGGAUGGAGAGAAAGCGGGAGUGGGAAAGAAAGACUGAAAGGUUAUUAUGGACACCCGGUUUCCCAAUGAAGACGUUUAUUUAUAUGAAAGAUAGACAAAAAGGAGCUAUUGUGGAAGAAGAAAAAAAACUAUAUAUGAAUAUAUUUAUGUCUACGUAAAGUUGGGAAAAAUAAAUAUUUUAAUCAGAGGAAUAUUCCUUUACUGGUUUUGAAAAUGUAUUUCUGAUGUACAUUUCGAAAUGGGUGCAAUACCACAUGAAGUAUAAUGCUCAGAUUUUUAUUUUGUAUUUAUUUCUAUUAUAACCACUUUAUUUGUAAAUAAAUGUGUAUUUAUCAUGAAAAAAA